CGCAAAUACAAACUUUCAUUUAAGAUUCCGGCGGCGAAAGUUCGACUACUCUCCGCCAAUUUCCACCAGCUAGAAUGCUGGCUUUUUAUCUUUUAUUUUGGGUAAUUUCAUUUUCAUAUGGUUCCAUUAUCACACAAGAGAAAGUUAUCGACUCCAACUCUCCAGGUUGCCAUAAAGUUGGUCAUACCAGGAAAGUAAACAUAAGAGACUGCGUUUCAUUCGAUAUAACCACCAACGCUUGUCGAGGUUUCUGCGAAAGUUGGGCGAUUCCCUCAGAUCCACAAAACCACCAAAUCAGCCAGCCUAUAACCUCAAUCGGAACCUGUUGUAACAUCAUGGAAACGGAACCUAUCGAUGUGCACGUUCUGUGCAAAGAGGGCGUGCGCACUUAUGUGUUCAAGUCCGCUGUCAACUGUGCUUGUUACCAUUGCAAGAAGGAUUGAAACUCGCCUCGAAGACCUAGAUGAACUUACCUUAAAAAUAUUAAUUAUCUUAUUGGUUUUCUGUUUUAUUUAUGCAAAACUGUAUUGCUGCUGAGGUUUAUUUUAACAGAUCCCCGAAAUUAAGUAAUGUACACUGUGUGACAAAAAGUUCGCAAACAUACGGUAAAUUUGUCGAGUAAUUGUAUAAAGUUUUCUAUUAUGCCUAAUAAUAUAACAAAUUCUUCUGAUAUAUUAUGUCACUUGAUAAAUGACAUUGAGAAAUUGGAAAUAUAUGAAACACGUAAAAAUUGAGGUUAAAUAUCAAAAUAUCGGAAUAUAUCAAAGGGAAAGUUACUCAGCAUUCGAUUUUACAUCAAUACAUUCAUUUUUAUAGAUAAACAUGGCUUUUAAAAAUUUAUUUAUAUAACAUUUUUCUUAAAACUUUUAUUUUUUCACUUUCAUUUUAGAAUUGCAAAAAAAUAACUUCCCUGUAAAUAAUUUUUAUAACAUUUAAAACAUUUUUUUAUUUAACACAAAUUAUUAGAUUAUUGACAAAGAUUCUAAUUUAUAUUCUACAAAUGAAAACUUGAAAACAAGUAUUUUUAAUUUUAAAUAAACGUGGCUCAUAGAUUAUGAAGUUAUGAAUUUUUGUAUGAUUUUACAGUGUGUUUCAAAAAAACAUAUGCCAUCUCUCGUAGGGAGAUUUCUCACGUAAAUAUAAAACUUAU